AUGGUCGCUAACACUCUCAUCUACCACCCUGCGCUGGCGCACUGGCUGCGCUUCGUCGCGACAACUGUCGGUCGCGAUAAGCUCCUCCGCACAAUCCAAUACUUUUCCCGCUUCUACGCGUGGUACCUAUACCGGACGAACAAGCCGCAGUCGGCGAUCGACCCGUACAAUGCCGUGAAGAAGCAAUUCGGCACGACCCGAAAGAUUAUGCGUAUCGGCAAAUUCCUCGAGCAUCUCAAGGCCGCUGCCGUCGCUUUCGAUAACAAGAACCCCGUCGACCCGGUCCUGCGGUACCUGGCCAUCGGCCGCCAGCUCGGUUAUGCUGGAUACCUGACUCUCGACGCCAUCACAGUCAUCGAUGUGAUUGGUAUUCGGAAACUGUCUUCCGCUAAGCAGCUGCAGAAGUCCGCUUACCGCUCCUGGGGCGCUGGUUUGAUCUUCAGUGCUGUGGCGGGUAUCUACACUCUUGUCCGUCUUCAGGAGAAGGAGAAGACUAUUGACCGUAAGGAGGGUGAGGGUGUUGUUGAGGCUAAGAAGAUUGAGAAGUAUGAGUUCCUAUUUACUACCCGAAUGAGGAAUGGAUGGAGUGCUAAUGCUUUUAUUAGGGAGCGCUCUGCUGCUCGGAUACAGCUCCUCUCUGAUGUUUGCGAUCUGGCUGCGCCCUUGUCUGCCGUUGGUAUCGUUAACCUCGACGAUGGCCUCGUCGGUAUCGCAGGUACCGUCAGCAGUUUGAUCGGUGUUUGGUCCCAGUGGCGCAAGACCGCUGUACCCGUCUAA